AUGGCUGGGUCCAAACGUCCACAUUAUUCCCUCCUCUUCUUCCCCCCUCUGUCCUCACCCCUCUGUCCUCCCCCUCUGUCCUCCCCCCCUCUGUCCUCCCCCCUCUGUCCUCCCCUUCUGUCCUCCCCCCUCUGUCCUCCCCCCUCUGUCCUCCCCCCUCUGUCCUCACCCCCUCUGUCCUCCCCCCCCUCUGUCCUCCCCCUCUGUCCUUCCCCCCUCUGUCCUCUCUCCCCCCCUCUGUCCUCCCCCCCCUCUGUGUCCUCCCCCCUCUGUCCUCCCCCUCUGUCCUCACUGUCUCCCACCCUGUCCUCACCCCUCUGUCCUCAGUCUCUGUCCUCACCCCCUCUGUCCUCAGUCUCUGUCCUCACCCCUCUGUCCUCCCCCCUCUGUCCUCACCCCUCUGUCCUCACCCCUCCUGUCCCCUCUGUCCUCACCCCUCUGUCCUCCCCCUCUGUCCUCACCCCUCUGUCCUCACCCCUCUGUCCUCACCCCUCUGUCCUCCCCUCUGUCCUCACCCCUCUGUCCUCAGUCUCUGUCCUCACCCCUCUGUCCUCAGUCUCUGUCCUCACCUCCCCUCUGUCCUCAGUCUCUGUCCUCAGUCCCCUCUGUCCUCCCCCCUCUGUCCUCACCCCUCUGUCCUCACCCCUCUGUCCUCACCCCUCUGUUCCUCCCCCUCUGUCCUCACCCCUCUGUCCUCACCCCUCUGUCCUCACCCCUCUGUCCUCCCCCUCUGUCCUCCCCCUCUGUCCUCACCCCUCUGUCCUCCCCCUCUGUCCUCCCCCCUCUGUCCUCCCCCCUCUGUCCUCCCCCUCUGUCCUCCCCCCUCUGUCCUCCCCCCUCUGUCCUCCCCCUCUGUCCUCCCCCCUCUGUCCUCACCCCUCUGUCCUCCCCCCUCUGUCCUCAGUCUCUGUCCUCCCCCCUCUGUCCUCCCCCCUCUGUCCUCCCCCUCUGUUCUCCCCCCUCUGUCCUCCCCCUCUGUCCUCCCCCCUCUGUCCUCCCCCUCUGUCCUCCCCCUCUGUCCUCCCCCUCUGUCCUCCCCCUCUGUCCUCCCCCUCUGUCCUCCCCCCUCUGUCCUCCCCCUCUGUCCUCCCCCCUCUGUCCUCCCCCUCUGUCCUCCCCCCUCUGUCCUCCCCCUCUGUCCUCCCCCUCUGUCCUCACCCCUCUGUCCUCAGUCUCUGUCCUCCCCCCUCUGUCCUCAGUCUCUGUCCUCACCCCUCUGUCCUCACCCCUCUGUCCUCCCCCUCUGUCCUCACCCCUCCUGUCCUCCCCCUCUGUCCUCACCCCUCUGUCCUCACCCCUCUGUCCUCCCCCUCUGUCUCCCCCUCUGUCCUCCCCCUCUGUCCUCACCCCUCUGUCCUCCCCCUCUGUCCUCCACCCUCUGUCUUCCCCCUCUCCCCUCUCCUCUCCCUCUCCUCACCCCCUCCCCCCUCCUCCCCCUCUCCUCUCCAGACAUAUUGCGUCUCCACAUUACCAUCUUUAACGUGUGUUCUGUGUAAUAAAGACUCAUGUCACCUUGGCCUCUCCUCCUCUCCCUCUCUCCUCCUCCUCCUCCUCCUCCCCCCCUCUCUCCAUCUCUCCUCCUCCUCCCCCAUCCCCCUCUCUCUACCUCACCUCUCCUCUCCCUCUCUCCUCCUCUCCCUCUCUCCUCCUCUCCCUCUCUCCUCCUCCGUUAGUCCGGUGUCUUUGGUCGGUGAUGUCAGGGAGACCAGACCGUUGUCCUUCACGUCCCCCCCUCUGCCCCCCACGCUGAUGCUGACGUCACAUUCCGGCGCUGCCUCGGCUGCUGUGUGGACGCUGACCUCUGGUGGUCGGAGCACGCAACAACACGCCAAGAGAAUAUCCCGGUUUUAA